AUGAUGAUUGCACCUGAGAAGUUUGCUAUCUCCAAUAUCUCCCCAUCAGUGGCCAGAGAACCCACCAUGUCUUCCAUGAAACCAGACCAAGGUACCAUGUCUUCAGAGACCUCUGACGAAAGCCUUGAAGAGGAGGUAGUACAAAUGAAUAUCUUGAAGAGAGUUAGCAGUCUGCCCUUGGUUUGCUCCGUCUGUGACUUGGUUUCUUCAAACUACACCUCCAUUAAGCGAAAAAACUCCUACCUUCAGACAGUGUGCGAUGGGGCUGAGAAAGGUGUAAAGACUCUCACAGGUGCUGCUGUUAGCCGGGCACAACCACUUCUGAACAGCUUUGAACCUCAACUUGCAACAGCAAACAAGUAUGUAUGUCGUGGCUUGGAUACAGUGGAACAGAGGGUGCCAAUUCUUCAACAAAGAGCUGGUCAGGUUGUGUCUGGUACAAAAGAACUGGUGACUUCUAAAGUCACGAAUGCCAAGAACGCAGUGACUCGCAAGUUGUCAGGGAUGGUUGGCAUGACCAAAGAUGUGGUUCAGAAUGGAGUGAAAACCACGGCCUCCCUUGUGAGCAGCAGCAUGACUGUGGUGAUGGGAACAAGAAUGGGAAAGAUGGCCAAGAACAGUGUAGAAACCGUGCUGGGCCGGUCCCAUGCAUUUAUAGAUCACUACCUUCUCAUCAGUGAUGAAGAGCUGAUGGAUCUGAAAACAUGUUCUCAAGGGACAGGGAUGGAUCCUGUGCAGGAAAUACAGACCCAGAUCAAGUGCAAUGGCUAUUUGGCCUGCGUGCUUUCUCUCUUGAAUAAAUUCCAACGCUAUAUAUCUCAGCAAUCCUGGUGCAAUCUGAGGCAUGCUAAUGAGAAUCUCCAAAUAGUCCUUGAAAACACCUUUUCGGAAUGGAAAGGCUGGCUAAUAGCUUUGUACUACACCAUAACACUUCCCCUGAGGACUGUCUACUUGAUCCUCAUCUUCACUGUUGAAGAAUUGUCUGCCAAAAUUAAUGAGAACGUUCCCCAAGCUUGUUACAUCCUAGAAGACCUCAAGUUGGUCCUGUCUACGGUCACUUGCCUUCAGGAACUCUGCUGGAAAAUCUUUGCCCGUGUCUGGGAAAAAAUGUCAGAGGAAGAAAACCUCCACACGCUCUUGAACUAUAUCGUGCAAACGCUUCCCUUCUGUUUCUUUGCAAAUCACUGCAAAUGUAGGACCUCCACUGAUAGCACAGCAAAAGCCUUAAAGGCCAUUCAAAGGGUGCAGGCAUCAAAGGACAGCCUUCUUGGACUGGAGGGAAGUGGAAUCUCUUCAAUAGUUGCAGCCACUUGA